UGUCGCCGCCACCGCACGCACUCACGCUCAGUCCUCUCGCAGCGGCCAACGGUACCACACGUGCCGCUAGCUGACACGCAGUAAAUAAACAACAGCGACCCGGCUUAACUGACCGUGUAGUGAUACGAUGCUAACAAGUGUUGAUGAAGCACCACGGCUUUGGACGGAGUGAUAAUUAGAGACCGAGUGACAGAGACGAACAGGAUCGUGUGAAGUGUAAAUAAGCGCCCGAAGAUGCCGAAAAUCUUCCUGAUCAAGAAGCGGCUGCACGAGCAGCAGCUGGGCCUGCAGGAGGGGCAGGAGCUGCUGGGGGCGAAGGCGGACGCGCUCUGCCCCGGCUCGCCGCUGGACGAGCCCCCGCUCGCGCUGCUCUCCAAGCGGGACAAAGACUGCGAUCGCGACGUCUUCGGGGAAAGCAAUGGCAAAAACACACAGGACAGAAAAACAAGAAGAUUCAUCUCAUCAAUCCUCGGAGGCGACAUUCCCUAUGGCAGCCAACGGGGACACGGCCACAUCCUCACACCGGCAGAACGAAAACAGUAUUCCCCAGUUGUCACAGAAGAUAAGAAGAAAACAGAAAACAAACCCCUCAUAAAAGAAGAAAAAGACCUAACAAAAUCAGACCCAGUGGUACUCCCCUCGCGAGAGUCCCCCUCCCCCGGCCGCGCGCCCUCCCCCGGCAUCGACCACAGCGUGCGAUGCCAGAAAGUUUCCGUCAUCCAACGAACACCUUCCCAAUCACAGUUUGGCAAAAAAGAAGAAGUAAGCAUUCCACAGACACUGCCCAGUACAGAGCCAGAACAAGACCAGCCGAUCGAUUAUGUCAUAGCCAAAAAGCGCGGAGAGUCGGAAGAUGAGGAGAUGGAAAAGAAAAUCAGAGAACAAAGACGAACAAGCAGCUCCAAAAUAGCAAAUGGCAUCUUAGCCCGACCAGUAUUAGUUCUCCGGAAUUGUCCGGCGAAUAAAGUUCCCGGGAUACUUAGUGCGGCAGCCGGGCACGGGCGGUCGACGGGAGGCAGCGGGUCGGGCGGCGGCGCGCAGAGCAGCGGCAGCUCGGGCAGCUACAGCGGCGGCGGUGGCGGCGCGGCGCCCGCGCCCGGUGGCGGUGGCGGCGUAGGUGGCGGCUCCGGCAGCGGCGGGAAUGGCCGCGACGGACGCUCCAACUACGGACCCAACAGCCCACCUACUGGCAGUCUACCACCCUUCUACGAAACCCUAGGGCCAUCCACGAAAGGAGGCCAAAACGCUUUCAAUGCCACCGGCUCAUUCUCAAACGAAUUCAACCUCAUCAAUGGAUUCAACAUGGACUGUGAAAGCAACGAAAACGGCGCCAGUUUUCCUGAACAAAGUAAACAGUAUUCUUUAAUGCAAAAUGCAAAUUACGGUUUAGCUCUAAAAGAUGAAGAUAAUAUUGAUAAUUAUGAUAGUAAAAUAGAAAGCCUCGGAUCGAUGGGGAAUUAUGGAAGUAGCUUUGACGACUCCAUGGUUGUCGACAUGGGAGACGGAGACGUGAUCGAUCAGUUCACGCAGACGCUCACAUUCGCGCAAAGUAACGAAGGAUUAUUAGGAAAUUUAUCAGACAACGAGGACUUCACAAACCUGCUCAACAACCACGAAGCCAUCACCGACUCAGACUUACGAGAGUCAUCCUCCAUCUCCCCGGACUCGGUCCACAACCCGGUCGACAUCGACUCGCUGACCGACCACGUAUCUUUAAGUAGACAGUAUUACGACACGAAGAAUUACUUGGCGUUUGCGAGUCCGGAGCAGAACCCGUCGUUCGCGUUCGGCAAGGAGCGGCCGGACCUGCUGAUGCAGCUGAACCCGGCGCUGCUGCAGCACAACGAGGGGCAGAUGCAGCAGCUGCAGAUCCACGUGCAGCUGCAGCAGCGGCAGCAGAUCCUGUCACCCGGGUUCCCCUUCAGCCACGCGCUGGAGCUGGACUCGCCUGGCGCCGCGUCGCUGCCGUCGCCCGGCGGCAACUCCUCGCUCGACGGCAGCUCACACCUCGACAGCUCCGCGCUCAGCCCCGCCGCCGCUGUAAGUCUCAAGAAAACCGUCGAUGGCAAAGGCCUUAUAUUGCAACAAAGGCUGGGUCUGCCGGCGGAGCUGCCACUAGAGUUCAUCAACGGCGGGCACGGGGUCAAGAACCCGCUGGCCACGGAGGCCAACGCACGGCAACGCGAGGAGGAGAAGAACAAGCAAGUGCUGGUCAGCGAAGACGACCCCUCCAAGUUCGUGUGCCGAGUGUGUUCCAAGAGCUUCACGCUGCAGAGGCUGCUCAACCGACACAUGAAGUGCCACUCCGACGUGAAGCGGUACCUCUGCACCUUCUGCGGGAAAGGGUUCAAUGACACCUUCGACCUGAAGAGGCACACGAGGACGCACACGGGCGUGCGGCCCUACAAGUGCAACCUCUGCGAGAAGUCCUUCACGCAACGAUGCUCGCUCGAGUCCCACUGCCUCAAAGUCCAUGGAGUUCAGCACACAUACGCGUACAAAGAAAGGAGGACAAAGGUGUACGUGUGCGAGGAGUGCGGCCACACCACGUCGGAGCCCGAGGAGCACUACAUGCACCUCAAGAAGCAGCACCCCUACUCACCCGCGCUGCUCAAGUUCUACGACAAGCGACACUUCAAGUUCAACAACGCCACGUUCGCCAACCAGCUGCUGGGCCAGCUGCCCAUGCCGGUCCACAACUAGCGACCACCGACUGAAUAAACAUUUAAAUUUUGUACUUAAUCACGAAUUUAUUCCGUCCGCUAGUGUAGGCCGCAGUCAACCCCAGUGAACCGCUCCGCUUCGCGAUCCAAAUUCCCGUUCGAUUUCACUUACGUCUUCCAAACUCAAAUUUGAUGCUCUUUCUUUCAAACAAAUGGAUUUUUGACUAACGGAACUUUUACAUCCUCGUUCCUUUUAAAAUACCUUAAUUUUUUAACAGUCAAUAUUCAAUAUGACGCUGCCUUUACUGAAAGGCAUGACUGCAAUUAAAAAAUCAAAGUAUCGGGUAUUAUGUGCAAUCUUGGGUGAUGGUACGGGAUUAUGUUUAAGUUAGCCAUAAGUUAGACUAAAUUUAGUGUAGAUUUAGGGUUAUUGAUAGUUUUAUGGAAAAAUGUAGGCUUCAUUUCAAAUCAGCCUGAAGAGGUGAGUGGUGGAGAGUGCGGUGCUAGAUGCGCGAGGCGCUGGCUUGGAAUGAAGCGGGAAUGAGUCGGAUGACACUUCUUGUCCGGUUCAUAAUAUAUUAUUGUGAGGCAGACGCCUACAACUACUCAACUCCAUGUUAGGAAAUUACUUUCCUCGAUAUAGUGAUACUAGCUUCUAAUUGACUUCUCAAAUAAAACAAAUGUCACAAUUUUAUGUACGUACCUAAAAUGUUAUGUUUGUUCUUUGUACUUAUAAUUUGAUGUCUAAAUUUUUUAUUUGAAUGUGACCCUUCAACGGGCUUUUAAGAUGUCGUACCAAGUUUAAAUGCAUUUCUAGAAAUAUUUAUAAUAUUUAAAUGAAAAUAAUAAUUAAUUCGGAUUAGUCUGUGAGUGUGUGAGAUAGUGUUGUGUAACUGAUCUAUUUAAUGUUCGUUUGUUAUAUUAAUAAUAUUAAGUCGUUGUAAAUCGAUAUGAACUAUGAAGCGCUUCCGAAAUAUUUAAAUGAUUAGAAAAUUAUGAAUGCUCACUGUUGGUUCAUGGUCUCCUAGGAAGAACCAAUAUUUGAUUGUAAAUAGUGUAUUUCUAAAUUAGUACCUAUUGGUAGAAAUUCUUCAAAAAUAUUAUUAGAGUUAAUUUGGUAGUACCUAAUUAGUGUUAUGAGAUUUUUAAAAUGAAGUUGAAUUUGUUGAAUGUUUUGAACGAAUCGGUUUAAGUUAAUUUUGAUAGAAGUGUUUUAUAUUGGCUUAUCAUUAUCAUAUUGGAAUGCAUAAUAUUAUUGUGAUAGCGCAAGCCUCGACUAGGAUAUAAUAAAUAUCUGUUGCAUUUACAAGCAUUUGGACUACACUGUAAUACUGUACCUUCAUAAUAAUUUAAAAGAAACUUUUGUUACUCUAUAUUGAUAAGCAAUAUAUUAUGAUUAAAA